UGGUUGUGGUUACCCAAUAUUUUUUGAGGGCUUAAAAUUCGACUUCGUCAAAGCAAAAAAGAUACGUUUAUUCAGUGUAUGUAGGUUUUUGUUUCCGAUUUUACAGUUUAGAAUAUAGUCUGCAUUAAUUAAUAAGCAUGUUUAAGAUGAAACCCUUGAAGAUUAUGUUUUAAUAUGUGAAAAUCUGACCCUUAGAUUAAAAGUGAUUCAGGGUACUUACUUUUAUUAAAUUUUGCGCUCCGUUACAUUACGGGAAAUGGAGGUUACUUCGAAAUAUGUAAAUGCACUUUACAUAACAUAUUCAAGAGUUAUGGAGUCUUUACUUUUAUUCGAAUUCCUUUUGGACAGACUACUCAUAAAAAUGCAUUUUUAAAUUCUAAAAUGGUUCUGUAUGUUCCAGGCUAUGGUCACUCCACUCCGGCCACCUAUGGUGGAAAAACCUUCUGCAUGUUCUACGCUUUGGCAGGUAUUCCAUUGGGCCUGGUAGUCUUCCAGAGUAUAGGAGAGAGACUCAACACCUUUGUGGCCUACCUCCUCAAACACUUCAAGAGGGGGAUAGGCAUGAGGAACACUGAAGUCUCUGAGACAAACCUCAUCUGUCUCAUCUCCAUCCUCUCUACUGUUGUCAUGACGACAGGUGCAGCAGCAUUCUCUAAGUACGAGAGAUGGGACUAUUUUGAUUCUUUCUAUUACUGCUUCAUUACACUCACCACAAUCGGUUUUGGUGAUUACGUGGCACUGCAGAAGGAGAGCGCACUCCAGAGCAAACCGGAAUAUGUUGCCUUCAGUUUAGUCUUUAUACUCUUCGGUCUAUCUGUUGUGUCUGCAGGCAUGAACCUUCUCGUUCUCCGAUUCCUCACCAUGAACACAGAAGACGAGCGGCGGGAUGAAGCCGAAGCACAGUGUGCAGCUCAAGAAGCUGUGCGUCUAGAAGGGGACGUUAUAACAGCUAACGGUAGCAUCAUCUCGGGACUGGGUCCCCCCGAAGAAUCGGACUCGGAAGACGAUGACUCUCUUUGUACGUGCCACGCCUUCUGUCCUAUGCGCAGAAGGAAGACAAUGGAAAAGCCUUAUCGUUACAGGAGUAGGUCUCUUAGUAGAUCUCCUCAUGGCCUGCCCAUGCACAUUAUAAGUCCCAUAGAUAUGAGAGACAAUAUAAUGGAAUCGUUGAGAUCCGAUUCUGACCUGUGCAUGGAGUUUCCAGACAUCAGGAGAAAGAGGUUGUCCAUAUGACACAUGCUUACUUUUAAUGAACUACAACAAAUUGAACAACAGACCAAUACGAAAUAGAACCAAUUUCUCAAAGUAAAGGAAUUUUUUUUUUCAACAGCAGACUGUUACAAAAGUUAGUAUGGUCUCUGCAAUGUAUUUCGCUCAACAUUUUCACUCUACAAAUUUACAGGAAAAUUUUGUCUUUCAAAGAAUUUGUGACAAAUAUUAUUAUUUAUUUUAAUAGACUAUAGUUUGUUAAAACAGUUCUAGGCUAGCUAGUUCCUAAAUCACAAAAAAACAUAUAAAUUGGGGGAUUUACUGUAAUAACAAGUUUUUUUUCUCUUUCUAUUUCACGAAGUCUGUUUUAGUCGUGUGAUACGCAUCUUUACAAGCUAGUUAGAACAUAUUUGAAAUAACAAAUACUGUACUUACAGUUUUCCUUAAACUGUAAUUACAGAAACUGUACAUACAGUGCGUUUUUGAAUUUUUUUUUUAUUUUUUUUUAUAACCGUCGUUGAACAGCCGACCCAAUUGAAAUUAUGAUAUUUAAUAUACAAUUUCCAAGCAUCAAACAUUUUUAAAAUUUCUGUUGUUUAGCGUAAUACUAGAUGCUGAACUUGAACCGCCAAUGUAAAAGGUUUGAAUAAAAAAAAAUUAUAUAAUUUCUUAAAACUUCAAAUUGUCAAAAAAAGUUUGAAAUAAAAUAUUCUCCUUCGCAAACUGCAUCGAGGGUAAAAUGCUGUCCUUAAAAUAAUUCCACAAAAAAUUGGUUCAAAUCUGCCCCAUAAUAUCCAUGCUCUUUAAUGAGAUACGAUUUUGAUGAUGACUUUGAUAAGGUGUUAAAUGAAGUCACGUUUAGAUUCAAACUGAAUGCAAGUGUCGUGUGAAGCAGUACAAUAAUAGAGCUCAACUUAGCACCAUAUCAAGGUAUGUAGCAAGUAUGAAACGUAAUUAUGGUUCAACACACUUUUUGACAAUUCAGAAACAUACUAACUUUUGUAACUUGAUUCCAUUAGUUGCUUUCAACUAACGAAUUAGAAAAUUUUUUUAGUGCUAGUAACUUCAUAUUUAUUUCAGCAAACUUUUUACCGUCCAGCUAUCUCGAGAACUUCUCCCGACUAAAAGUCUGAGGUUGUUAUGGAGUCAUAAGUUAAAUUGUUUCUAAUGGGAGAGAAAUGACAUCAUUCUUACGGUCUUACAACCGACACGAAUCGAUAGCUCUCAUUUUGAAGUGACCUAAGGACAGCAAGUGAAAGAGUUCUCGUGUUAGCCGAACAGUUGUUUGCUGUUUUGAUAAGUACUAAAUCGGACAUCACUGAAUAUCUUUUCUGCAGCUCUUUGAAUAAGCUAUUUCACAAUAUAUUUGGUACAGUGUGUCCAAAAUAGGAGUUACUGAUUUUUAAAAAUGUAAUAAAAAAUAGUUGGAGUUUCUAAAAUUUCUUUCGGAAGACUACAGUGAUGUGAGGGAGUUUUAUGAUAACUUUUAGAUUUGAAUUCAAACUAUCUCUUAAUCUCCCUCAUUUAUAACUAAUCUCACCUAAAUUGCUUGUAUUUUCUGAAUAAUUAAGCUACUUUAAGGGAUCUUUACUUUUGACAUAUCAAAAAAUGCGAGUUAAGAGUAUCAUCAAAACUUGAAAUACGGGUUAGUAAAAUUGAAUCUAGAUUAAAAGCAAGUAUUUAAGCAACUAAACAUACAUUAAAGUAAGUAUUUGAAGAAAAUGAGCAUAGGCCGAAAUGCGUUUGUAAGGAAUUAAAAAUGCGCGUAUGAAAUAAUACAUAUAACUUAAAAUGCGCAUUUAAAAGGAUGAACAUAGUUUCAAAUGCAUGUUUGAUAAAGUAUAUGUAGCUCACAAUGUGCAUUUACGAGUAUAGAUAUUGCCGGAAAUAUUUGAGAAAGUAUAGUUCAAAAUGCGUAUGAAAGAAAUUGAACAAAAUGCUCCUUCUCCAUUUUAACCUACUUUCAUUUUAUUUUAUUGAAAAAGGCGCAUACAAAUCAAUAUGAAAAUUCGCUCAGUUUUUCUUUUAACUUUAUUAUAUUUAUUAUUAAAUAUUUAAUUUAUUUAAUCUGCAAAUAGCCAUAAUAGUUUAAAAAACAGAAUCAAUUCUUAAGUCUUGUCCAUAUUGUUUAUAAGUAGCGAUACACAUUUUCUUAAUUGCGUAUGUUGAGUCAUGCCCAUUUAAAAAAAAAAACAUUCGUUCCUAGCCUGUUUAUUUUUUUUGCUUAACCUUUUCUACAAUGCGCAUAUUGAGUGUCGUGCAGUUUUUCUACAAUAUGCAAUUUUAAUUGCGUGAAAUUCUUCUGCAAUGAAGCCUUUUGAGUUUCGUGCAAUUUUUUGCAAUACGCAUUCUAAGGUUACGUGCAAUUUUUCUGCAACACGCAUUUUGAGAUACUUCUGCAUGUUAAAGGUACACCCAUGUUCUAAAACUUGCCUUUUGAGUUAUUUUCAUUUUUCAAACCUCGUAUUUCAAAUUAUGUCAAUUUUAUUCAACACGGAUUCAGAGGUUAAUCUGAAAUAUAAAGUAAAUGGACGAAAUUCUCAAAGAAGUGGGGUCUUCUAUAUAGUAAGUUCAUUUUGUACGCGUAGUGGAAUGUAUCGCGUAAGAUUUUGCCGAGAUAUUGAUUCUUUUCAAAAUUAUAAACAAACGUUUUAAUGAUCAAAGCUAUUUAAAAAGUCUUUUGUUUUAAUUGUUCCACAAUGGACUGAUUGUAGGACUACUUUUGAUUUUUGGUGAUCCCCAAUUGCUAUCACAAUACCUAUAUGAAAUUAGUUUAAGUGACCCCAGGAGUAAAUAUCAUGGGUAAUCAUCGUUGCAGCGAGUAAACCUCGGACUCAUCAGCACGAAAAAACUGGGCCUAAGGAGAGCCGAGAUAUCUAGAAAGGUUAAUCACCCAAAAUUUAACAUAAUUCAUUGGUUCAUUCUUAGAUAUUGAUAUGUAAUUAUGGUAAAAUGAGGGCAUUUGAAAAAAUUUUUGUGCUAUAAUUUAAAUUUACUGCAACAUUUAGAGUAAACAUUUUUACGAAUAUUGUUGUUGUUGUUGUAGUUCAUUUACGUCGCACUUGAGCUGCACAAUGGGCUAUUGGCGACGGUCUGGGAAACAUCCCUGAGGAUGAU